CGUGCCCACCGCUAGCACCAUUUUACCCAUAUUUUCGCAAUUGUGGUUUUCAGCGUACGAAAAGAAAAUACCAGGGAGCUAGAGUAAUAAUUUGUGCACCGAUCAAAAAUAAUCAUAACCCAUACCCAUGGUAAGGUGGUACGCAUACGUGCAUCGGCCUAAAUCGCUCGGGGGAAUGUUUUUGGUAAAGUGAGAUAAAAGUGCAUCCGUGUCUCCCUGGGCAAAGGAUCAGUUUAAACCGUGAACCCAAACAGUGAAGCCAACAAGUAAUGUGCAGCGGAAGGUUAUAGCGUUAUAGAAAACGGCGACAAAAAUCGAUCGAGUGUAAACCGUGCCGCCCGGUACGGGUGCGAGUCUCCCCAGUGUGUGCCUGUGCGCCAAUUUGUUCGUGAAUUUGGUUUCUCGCUGUGUUUGCUCCGAUUUCCGGCAAAAGGUAGUGUGUGUUGCUACGUUUCGAUUCCGCGUACCGCACGGUCGGCCAAUCGGUGAAAACGAUGUUGCCCUUCACGCCACCGAUCGUGAAGCGGUUGCUCGGCUGGCGGAAGGUUCCGUCGGACGAUUCGGCCGAAGGGAAAUGGGGCGAAAAGGCGGUCAAAAGUUUGGCCAAGAAGAUGAAGAAAACGAGCGCCCUGGAGGAGCUGGAACGGGCCCUGACCGUGCAGAGCUGCCACACGAAAUGUGUACCGAUACCAAGAAAUGGUUCAGCGAACGGAGAAAAUGGAGUUGCGCUAAAAAAAGGUCUUCCUCACGUCAUAUACUGUCGACUGUGGCGCUGGCCUGAUCUUAAGAGUCAGACAGAGUUGAAAGCACUCGAUAUAUGCGAGUACGCAUAUCAUCUAAAGAAAGACGAGGUGUGCAUUAAUCCAUAUCACUACACUCGCAUCGAAUCGCAUUCGCAACACUCGCAACAUCAGCAACAGCAGCAACAACAGCAGCAACAACAGCAGCAGCAGCAGCAACAACAACAGCAGCAGGCACAACAGCCGCUGACCAUACUGGUUCCGAAGAACCUAUCGAACCUUCAGGGAGAAAACUCCGUUACCUACACCUUGGACGAUCUUAGUAAUACCGUACCAGUCAACAUACAGUACAAUGCAUUAAAUGAUAACUAUGUAACCAGUCCUCAACCAUCGCAAGUAUCAGCCCGGCAGCUACACCAGCAACUGCAGCAGCAUCAGCAACACCAGCAGCAACUUCAACAGCAGCAGCAGCAGCAGCAACUUUCUUCGCCGUGCUACAUGGAGGCAACGCUGGGCCAACAGAUACCGACCAACACGACGAUUAUGGACUCGGUUAGCGUCGGUGUGGGCACCAUACCGAACACCGAGACGCCGCCGCCCGGCUACAUGUCUGAAGACGGUGAUCCGCUCGAUCAGAAUGACAAUAUGACCGAUUUGUCACGCAUGUCACCAGCGGAAAUGGACACACAACCCGUAAUGUACCACGAACCAGCCUUCUGGUGCUCGAUCAGCUACUACGAGCUGAACCUGCGCGUCGGUGAAACGUUUCACGCCUCCCAACCUUCCAUCACGGUCGACGGGUUUACGGAUCCUUCCAACUCGGAACGAUUCUGCCUUGGGCUACUGUCGAACGUGAACAGGAACGAGGUAGUGGAGCAAACGCGACGCCACAUCGGCAAGGGCGUUCGGCUGUACUAUAUCGGCGGUGAGGUGUUUGCCGAGUGUUUAAGCGAUUCCAGCAUUUUCGUGCAGAGCCCAAACUGUAAUCAGCGGUACGGGUGGCAUCCGGCCACGGUUUGCAAAAUUCCACCCGGCUGCAAUUUAAAAAUCUUCAACAAUCAGGAAUUUGCCACCCUGCUGUCACAGUCCGUAUCGGCGGGUUUUGAGGCCGUCUACCAGCUGACCCGGAUGUGCACAAUACGAAUGUCGUUCGUGAAGGGAUGGGGCGCAGAAUAUCGUCGACAGACCGUUACCUCAACGCCGUGCUGGAUAGAGCUGCAUUUAAACGGUCCCCUGCAGUGGCUCGACCGUGUCCUCACCCAGAUGGGCUCACCACGUUUGCCAUGUAGUUCUAUGUCCUAAAACCCAACCACACCCCGUCUGUGUCGCCGUCUGUGUGUGCGUGUCGAUGCUACUAGCCAUAGUUCUUAUCGCGCGCUGUAACGCACAGCCGCGUGGUGGGUCGACAAACUGUUUUCUACCUCCGCCGGAAGAUGUUUUGCUCCUGCGCACCUUCUCCAGCCCCACGCCUGUACCUUCCGAUGCAGCACCAUCUAUGGCGAUACGCCCGUUCGCGAGGUUGCGAACCAUUUCUCUACUAUUAUCAUUUGUUUUUCACUUUCGCUUUACAGAACUUUCCGUAAAGCAUUUUUAAAACUCGACCUUAGAAGGAAUCCUGUAUAUAUAUAUAUAGAUUGUCCCUUGAGUUGAUUGACUGUGUGCUAGGCCGUGGUAAAAUUGACCUUUCGUUUUCUUACUGAAGAAAUCCUUUUGCAGACCUUUGCUUCCUCGAAAGUCGGGAAGGGAGAGAAAUGUUUAUCCUACUUGCCUCAACUGCUACCGGUACUGGAUACUGAUGAUAGCGGAGCAUAACAAAACCCCAAAUCGAAAGGAUGGAGCAUGCGAGAGCUAAAUGUUUUAAGCCAAUAUUUUGUUCCUUAUCUUGAGAAGCAUUGCAGUGCUGUGUGUAACGAUUGUGUGUGUGUGUGUCGAGCGAUUGCAACGUUUAACGGAUCGCGCAUCCGGGAAAAACAGGGUAUCGCGCAUUAACCAAAACGUUACAAUAUACUAAGAUGAUCAUCAAGAUUUUUUACAGUUAAGUUUUUCCUACAAUUGGUUUGCUUCAUUGCUACGUACAUGUUUUUUUUUUGUCUCUAUUUGUUCGGUUUUGUUUUUUUUUACAUUUAUUGGGGGACGUUACAAUACUUACGAAUGCUGUGCAUGUCCUCCUUCGAGGUCCAGGUGUUAAGAACAUUUGAAACGAGAAAUAGUAUGGUGCAGCAGGAAACACCCACUCGCCGCCGGGGUGGAUGGAAUAGAACGAGCCAGAAAAAAUAGUGUUAAACGAGCAUUCGUGUUGUGUGGAAGAAUCGGGGAAUGUAUUAUUAAGCGUGUGUGUGUGUAUGCGAGUGUUUGAGAGCCUGUUGGUCAUAGACGAAAGGAUUGGCGCACGGUAGAGAUAGAAAAGAGAGAGAGAGAGAGACCGAGAAACAGAGCCGUGAUUGUGGCGUGUUUGUGUGUGUGUAUGUUUUUGAAACAGAGGGAGCAGAAAGUGUUGCGGUUGUUGCUGCAACAGAUCGUCCGCACUUUCCCCACACACACACAAGCACACCUAUAGACUGUUCUUUCUCACUUCGGUUCGGUUCGGUAACAGUUCGGAUGGGACAAUUUUCCGGCGCAAGAGUACGUAGAGAGUUUGCGUGUAGAGCAAACACAACCAAAACAAAACAAGAAAGCAAUGUACAACAGAAUGCAACUUUAUUUUUGACACUAUAAAACAUGUGAUGCGUUCAGAGGACGAGGCACACACACACACACACACAAAGAGACAUACAUUUUUGAAUGAAAUAAAGCAGAGCAAACGUUUACUCAAAAAUGAAAAACAGAAAUCCAGUCGGACGUGAUAUCGCCUGGAAGAGAGAAACAAAGAAAGUGAGAGAGAGAGAGAGAGAGAGAGAGGACAAAAGAGAGACUAAAACGCUGGAUGGAAACCCGGCACACGGGGACACGUGGAAAAUUUGUUGAAAGCAAACGUGAAUGUACAGGAACGGAAGUAGUUCAGGGGUGGGGAGGGGUGGGUUGGGGCCGCACACCCAGCAGAGGGGUUUCCUGCCCUCCCCCCCACCCCCUCCCCAGCAAUCACCCGCAAAUCAGGUUGGUACGUACAAUGAUUUCUUUCGCUUAGUUUACGUUUUGUUCUUAGAUCAGUUCAUAGCUCAGAUAAGUUUAGCCGUUUACUUUACCCAUAAACUGGUUGGGAACAGGGAGAGUGAGUGCGGGGGAGGGUCGACAAUUCCGGGCGCAUUGACAUGAGACGGAACGGAAGUAAAGUUUUCUUGUUUGUCAUAGUCGAUCGAUCGAUCGAUCGGGUUUUACUUCACCCCCCGUAACGAUAAUCCCGAGUUUUGUUUUGUCUCCUUUCGUUUCUACAUCUCUAGCAAGGACCUCACUAUUAAAUGUGUUAUAGAGCGUGUUUGAGAGAAAUGAUGAUGAUAAGUGAUGUCCGCGAACGCUAACCAGCUGGAUUAUGAAACCAACCAAACUAUUAUUAGUAGCGAUUGUUAGGUU